CUACAGAACAAGUCUGGCCUGCUUCUUUUGUUUGUAGGUUGAUAGUGGACUAGGAAGUUUCUCCUCUCUGAGGAAGCGAUUUGGCCAGAUCUGGCUGGGAUGUGCCUCUUGAGGGGAAUCAGUUGGUUAUCAGCUGAAUCCUUUUGGAUGGGUCUUGGAAAUAUGAUGAAUUGUGCUUAUCAUCUUUGCCUUGUUGUGGGGAGGUUGGAUGAACUAAGCCCAGAGAACAAAGUUACUUUUAAAAAGUAAUUGGUCAUGUAAUGUAUUACAGGCCCCCAUUUUUAGUGUUACUUUUUCAGAGACGUAAUUUGUUCUAUUAAUCAUUAUGCUGUUUGUUGCUCUUCUUUUCUCUUUCAGUGACCAAAGUGAAACAUCAUAUUGGGGUGGGGAUAAUUCAGACAGAUGCCCCAGCGAUUUCUCUAUCAGUGUGCAUGCGUGCAUGUGUGAGAGAUAGGGAUAAAGAGAGAUUUUAACUGAGCACUUCUUCUCCUGUUCUUAUUCAAGGUCUGGGUUAUGAGAGAAGGCAGCCUAGAGAUCAAAAGAGCAUAUCCAUCAAAAGCCUGGUCCGUGUACAACACCCUGCAAGUGAUGGAAGGCUCACCAGAUCAUGACUUGAAUGCCAAACAAGCUAUAGUCACUGUUUUCUUUGAUAAGGAUGGGAUGCAAGAGUUGAUUUAUAGGGAAGAUCCUGGAACCACUGGAAGAUUAAUCAAGAGGAAAUUCCCUCUGGAUCAUAUCCUGACCUAUGACCUGUUGAUCAACACUCCUCACAAAGGGAUGACACACAAUGGAAUAGACUACAUCAGAUUCACCCACCGUUGCCCAUUUGCCGUUGUACGCAUGGUGGACUUGCCAUUCCCACAGCGCUUUACUCGGAUGGAGCAUUAUCGUGCCAAGCCACCAGAAAUCAUGAUGAAAGCAGACUUUCAUGACGAGAGAUCGCUUUCUGUGUACCAGGGACUGGUCUACCAGCUCCUGCAGCUGCACUCAGCUUACCACAGAUCUUAUGCUGACCCAGUCCAUGAUCCCACGUGGCGCUGGUGGAAGAACAAGAAAGAAGAUGCAGAAUAUUACUACUACAUGGCCAGCAACCGGAAGUCCUCGGGAGGUAUCUACGUUGACAUGGCCAACUAUGUUAAGGUCUAUGACCUCAUUCCAAAUAAUUUGCUGCCAAAAACAAUCUACUUGGACAGGAAGCAGACCUUUGUCUUUUCUGUGUAUCUGAGCAUCAGGACAACCAAACAGAGCAUGGGGGAGACGGCAGAAGAAAAUUCUCUCCAGUAUAUGUGGCUCACCAUUCUUUUAGCCCAUCCUGAGUAUGUUCAUGCAGAUCUACAUAGGCAGGAACUGAUCAGCAGAGGCUCAGUGCUGUAUCGGGUGUCGAUCUCAGACAGUGGCAAUUAUCCAAGGCAGCAGAUCAGUGGGAAGGAGUUGUUGAAGAGCUCUGCUAAUCUGAAGAUUGCACAUUCAGGGAUGAAUUGCUAUGACUACACUACCAAAGGACCACGCAUAAAGGGCAACAUCAACAUGGACAUCAACAUUGGAUGCCCUCCAGGCAAAAGGCUGGCUUUUGACAUCACUUUCACUAAGAGUUAUUCUACUGAGCAAAACAAGCGCUACUUUGACUGUGUGAAAGAAGACCCAGAGAUGCCCUGCUUCUACUUUAGCGAUGUGUUUUACCCCUUCUUUUUGAUCCAAGACAUGGUGACAGGGGACUCAGGGCGUUUCAACGGAAGCUAUAUCUUCACCAUCAUUGGUGGAGGAGCUUUUUCGGAAGCUAAUAUCAAAUACUUCACCCCAGAGGAGCUUCUGCGCUACAACACCAUGAAUGGCAGUGAUUCUUAUAGUCUCAUCUGGCUUAGGGCUGAUGGUGAAGAAAACCAGACAAGCCCUGAAGGUUUCCAUAUCCUCUCUCAAGGCAACUCUGGGAUAAUGUGGGUCUGCCAGCAGAAUUCUCCGUGUUACGACAUUGUUCCUGUUGAUACUUCUGCUCCUGAUUACUUCUUUGUGGUGAAGGUGUCAAACAGGGGAGUUGACCAAACCACCUAUUGCGACUACGCCUUAGAGUUCGUUGUCCACAUCCAUGGCCUCCGUCUUAGUCAUACUCGGUCCGUCUAUUACUUGCAGUUAUCGAUGGCUGUCAUACUUGGUAUGCUCAUUCUGUACAUAGCAGUGCGCGCACUGGGUCCCAAGGCCAAGGUCUAUAUCGGCAGGCUAUUCCGGAGACUGGAAGAAGCAUUUGUAUUUCGGGCCGCAUCCAGCCUCACCUUCACAUCGUCAUUCACCAGUCAGUCAUCCCUGCAACGUAUGCCAUCGGACAUCAUCCCGACCAGUUCUUCACCUCCUUCCUCCAAACCGACCACACCGGCCUCAGGAACACAGUAAUGCGAGCCACCUUUCUCCCUGCGUGUGUGGAUGCCUUCUCCCACUCUGUCUCCUCUAUGAUGUGAAGGGCUCAUCUUUGCUUUUCCUGACCUGGAGGGUUUCUGAAAUGAACUAAGUGACUGCCAGCGUAGACGCAAGCAUUUGUGGCGGCCAUGACUGCUGGAUCCGUUGCCCAAAAUGACAGACACAGGGAGAGGCCAUGGCUUGCUUGCAAGUGAUCCCAAGAAACCAGUUCAACAGAUUUCUCUAAGCAGGUUGGUUGGUGGGCCAUUCACAAGAGGCCUGGAGUCAUGGGAACUGUUCCAGAAACCUGGUUGGUGGGAAUACUCAGAGAGCAUCUCACCCAAGGAGAAAACCUAUAAAGUACACUCUUUUUUACCAAGGACUUGGAGGGACAACUGCAUCUUUGUUUUGGGGUUGAAUUUGCUGGUCCUCUUACACUUGCCUGACCCAUCAGUAUUAUGUGUAACGUUAUGUGGGUUUUCUUUUCUUGCCUUUCUUCCUUUCCCACAUGCUUUAAACUGACACAGAAUUAAUCCAGGCAGGGUUGAAUGAGUAAGGCUUUAAAAACAACAAGAGCUUUGUUACAUCCAUCUCAUCCAAUGGGAACAGCAUGUCUCUGCUCCUGCUUGUCCCAUUCCCAAGCUGGUUUCAGUUUUAAAAGUGCCUUGAUAUAUACUCAGCGGAAAGCCUUUACACCUUCUUCUACCGUAUUUCCAAAGCCGGUUUCUUUUUACCAGUAUUCUUUUAAAGCUGUAUGUUCCUUUAAAAUGUUGUUAUUAGUUUUUGUCUGUCAUUCCAGAAAACUGUAAUUCAAUAAAGACUUAAGUUAUUGUG